UCGUGUCCCGCUCCCGCGAGCGCAGAGUAACGGUUAUCCGAGCCACCCUCUCCGGAACGCACCGAAAUGCCGGUUCCUGCGCCGCCAACAAACACGGCUCCGCCUUAACAGUCGUGUCCCGCUCCCGCGAGCGCAGAGUAACGGUUAUCCGAGCCACCCGCCACCGGGGACCUGACGGCGUCAGGCCGGGGGGGGCUGCUCCGCUGACGCAGGUGAGGUGGAGUCGCUACAACCCCAAUUUUUUAGAGCCAGAAGUGAACAAGGAACUGUAUCAGAAACCUCCAGAGGAGCUGUCUGAGGAGGAAAAGGAAAAAAUGGAGCUUAAGGCUGUUCGGCCCAUAAAAGCAGCUCCUCCCACUCUCUCCAGCUCUGUGUUCAGCGACCCUAUGAUCAGUAAAUUCACCAAUAUGAUGAUGAGGGAUGGAAAUAAAGUGCUGGCCAGAAGCCUCAUGGCUCAGACUCUAGAGGCCGUUAAGAGGAAGCAGCUGGAGAAGUACCACAAAGCUCCAGAAGAUGAGAAGGAGACAAUUGAAUGCAACCCUUAUGUCAUUUUCCACCAGGCUCUGAAAAACUGCCAGCCCAUCAUUGGGCUCAGCAGCAUCACAAGAGGAGGCAAAACCUACCAGGUCCCGGUCCCGCUGAAGGACAAUCGGAAGCGCUUCCUGGCCAUGAAGUGGUUAAUCACCGAGUGCAGGGAGAACAAGAACCGCCGGAUGCUGAUGCCUGAGAAGCUCUCCCAGGAGCUGCUCCAGGCCUUCAACAACGAAGGGCCUAUCAUCAAGAAGAAGCACGUGCUGCACAAGAUGGCAGAGGCCAACCGGGCUUAUGCCCACUUCCGCUGGUGGUAGGGACUCUGGGCACGGGACGCGACGCCCCCAGCCCCAUGGCAUGGUGAGCAGAGCCCCAGGGCCACCCGCCUGGGAGAGGUGGGGGAGAAAAGGGAAAGGUGGAGGGUCCCUUCCAGACGGCUUCUG